CUGAAAAUAUCAAUCCCUAAGAACUGGACGAAUUCAUCUCUGACACUGUUUCAUCACACCCUCAGUUCAACAACGCCACCAAUAAACUACACGUACCGAUCUCAUGCAAAUCCAUAGAUUCUUCGCGGUGGUGGCGGUUCAGGGUGGUGAGAGGAAGUGAGGAGGCGUGAGGAGGCGGCCGUGGGGUAAAUGGGCUGCGGAGAUUCGGGAUCCGGCGAAGAGGGUUUGGCUCUAGCUGGGGACUUACGAUACGGCGGAGGAGGCGGCGAUGGUUUAUGACAACGCCGCGAUUAAGCUCCGGGGACCCGACGCGCUGACGAAUUUCUUCAAUCCGGCUGUGAAGGGGGAAGAAACAGAGGAGGAUAAACAUCAAUCCUCCGGUUACGACUCCGGUGAUGAAUCACACAACAACAACCUCGCAUCGCCCACCUCUGUUCUCCGAUUCAGAAGCCAAUCCACUUCGGAGUCCUCCGAGCCGGAAAACAACAAGCCCAUUCCUCCGACGCCGAUUUCAAUCGAGCCGGAAGAGACGAUGUCUUUGCUUCUCGCCGAGCCGGUGGGAGAAGACGAGGCGACAGCUGGACUCCAAUUCUUGCAGGAGUGCGAGGGUGGAAACAGCGGCGGCGGCAACCUCUACUCCUGCUCCGACGACUACUUUGACCAGUACCUCCUCUCGCCGGAGCUCUCGUUUUUAGAAGACUCUUCUUCUUCGCCCUCGCCGUUUGGGAAUCGGAGGAGAACGCUCGACGGAGAAGGAGAAGAGAGCGGAGGGGAAUUGGCUUUGGGGAUCUUAUUAAUUGUUUUUUUAUUGUAAAUUUCCAGUUUUUCCCUUAAUGAAUUAUGUUGUUACUG